AUGAGGGCUCCACGAGCCGUCAGAGUGCCGAAUGGCGGUCUGCUUGCAGGCGUGAAGCCUCAAGCUGAUGCACGACACUUUAGCAGCUUCGCCGCCUGCGUAAAGAAGCAGUCCUCGACAACAACGACGACGGCAUGGAAGAAGAACUCCGUACGCGCCUUCUCGACGACCCCGAUGGUCAGGGACGCCGCCGCCGAGGCCCUCAAGAUGGCCCAGGACAACGCCUCCACCCUCACCCCCGAGCUGGUCGCCGCCAAGAUGAGCCCCGAGGAGGCCAAGCGCCUGUCGCGCGUGCGCAACAUUGGUAUCGCCGCCCACAUUGACAGCGGAAAGACGACCGUCACCGAGCGCGUGCUCUUCUACUCGGGCCGCAUCAAGGCCAUCCACGAGGUCCGCGGCAAGGACUCUGUAGGCGCCAAGAUGGACUCUAUGGAUCUCGAGAGAGAAAAGGGCAUCACCAUCCAGUCGGCUGCUACCUUCGCCGACUGGAAGAAGACGGAAGAAGGAAAAGAGGAAACCUACCACAUCAACAUCAUCGAUACACCCGGCCAUAUUGACUUCACCAUCGAAGUCGAGCGAGCGCUCCGCGUCCUCGACGGUGCCGUCAUGAUUCUCUGCGCCGUCAGCGGCGUCCAGUCCCAGACCAUCACCGUCGACCGUCAGAUGAAGCGCUACAACGUCCCCCGCAUCAGUUUCGUGAACAAGAUGGACCGCAUGGGUGCCAACCCCUGGAAGGCCGUCGAGCAGAUCAACACCAAGCUCAAGAUUCCCGCGGCCGCCAUCCAGAUCCCCAUUGGCGCCGAGAACGAGUUCGAGGGCGUUAUCGACCUGAUUGAGCGCAAGGCACACUACUUUGAGGGCCCCCGUGGCACCGUCGUCCGCACCACUGACGUCCUCCCCGGAGGCUACAAGGACCUCGUCGAGGAGAAGCGCCAGGAGCUCAUUGAGAAGCUGGCCGACGUCGACGACGAAAUGACGGAGCUCUACCUCGAGGAACAAACGCCCACCAACGCCCAGAUCAAGGCCGCCAUUCGCCGCUCCACCAUCGCCCUCAAGUUCUCCCCCGUCAUGAUGGGUUCCGCCCUCGCCGACAAGGGCAUCCAGACCGUCCUGGACGCCGUCUGCGACUACCUGCCCAACCCGUCCGAGGUCGAGAACAAGGCCCUCGACAAGAAGCGCGACGAGGCCACCGUCAAGCUCGUCCCCUACAACUCGCUCCCCUUUGUCGGCCUCGCCUUCAAGCUCGAGGAGAACAACUACGGUCAGCUCACCUACAUCCGCGUCUACCAGGGCAAGCUCCGCAAGGGCACCUACCUCUUCAACUCCCGCACCGACAAGAAGGUCCGCAUCCCCCGCAUCGUCCGCAUGCACUCCAACGAGAUGGAGGACGUCAACGAGGUCGGCGCCGGCGAGAUCUGCGCCGUCUUCGGCGUCGACUGCGCCUCGGGCGACACCUUUACCGACGGUGGCCUCCCCUACACCAUGUCCUCCAUGUUCGUCCCCGACGCCGUCAUGUCCCUCUCCAUCAAGCCCAAGCGCACCAGCGACGCCGACAACUUCUCCAAGGCCAUGAACCGCUUCCAGCGUGAGGACCCCACCUUCCGUCUGCACGUCGACGAGGAGUCCGAGGAGACCAUCAUCUCCGGCAUGGGCGAGCUCCACCUCGAAAUCUACGUCGAGCGCCUCCGCCGCGAGUACAAGGUCGACUGCGAAACCGGAAAGCCCCGCGUCGCCUACCGCGAGACCGUCUCCCGCAAGACAGAGUACGACUUCCUCCUCCGCAGACAAUCCGGCGGUCCCGGAGACUACGCCCGCGUUGCCGGCUGGAUCGAGCCCCACGACGACCCGGAGGCCAACUUCUUCGAGACCCAGGUCGUCGGCGGCACCAUCCCGGACAAGUACCUCACCGCCUGCUCCAAGGGCUUCGAAGAGGCCGCCCUCAAGGGUCCUCUCCUCGGCCACAAGGUUAUCGGCACAAAGAUGAUUGUCAACGACGGCUCCACCCACGUCACGGAUUCGUCCGAUUUCGCCUUCAACCUCGCCACGCAAAUGGCCUUCCGCAAGGCCUUUGACGACGCCGGCGGCCAGGUCCUCGAGCCCCUCAUGAAGACCACCAUCACCGCGCCCAACGAGUUCCAGGGUAACAUCAUCAUGCUUAUGAACAAGCGCAAUGCUACCAUCCACGACACUGAGGUCGGCACCGAGGAUUUUACCCUCAUCGCCGACUGCAGUCUCAACGCCAUGUUCGGCUUCAGUUCUCAGCUCCGCGCUGCCACCCAGGGCAAGGGCGAGUUCGGUAUGGAGUUUAGCCACUACGCCGCGGCACCUCCUCACCUUCAAAAGGAGCUCUGCGCCAACUACCAGAAGGAGUUGGAGGCCAAGCGCACCAAAUAA